GGUGAAAAACUGAUCUAGAAUUCUGACCAUAGUGCUGUGUAAGGUCUUAACAUAAUUGUAAAAAAUAAGUCUGGUAAUCACGUGAUGAGUUUUAGGUAAUCUUGGCCUGGCUUGUAGUGAGUCCUGAAGUUCUACCUCUGGAAGUUUUGGAGAUCAUAACUCAUACAUUCCCUGUCAAAUAGAAAAGAUAUGAUUAGAUGAAUAACAUUGUAAAUUAUGCCUGUUUCUCUCUCCCCCCCCCUUGGUUUUCUAAUUCUUCACUUUACUGAAUCAUGCUAGUUAACCAUAAUCCUUGUAGCUUUUCACUAUUUUUUAAUCCAACAUUGGAGUUUGGUUGAUAUUCUUUUAACUUCUAGCCAUGUUUAUGGCUGAAGGUAUUGGCUAGCCUUGGACCAUCAUCGACCAAAUUUUUUUAAAGAAGCCAAUGGCUGCUGAAGUUGGCAUUGAUGUGGGAAAAAGGCGGAGGUUACCAUCUUGGAUGCAGGGAGUAGCUGCUGCUGACCAAGGAUGUAAGCUUGGGAAUGAAGAUGAAGAGAAUGCUUCAUCAGAACAGGCAAAUUCAUCCUUUGCUCCCCAGCCCAAGAGAAAAUCUAGUGCUAAGAGGCUUGAAAAAGAAGCCCAACUUUGUGACAAGGACCUUGCGGAAGUGGAUUCAAGCUUACUAGUAAAAUGUGCAAAAAAAUCUGGGAAAACAAAUCUCUUUCAAAGAGAUGUGGAUAAUGAUAGUCUUACCCAUAGUGAAGAUGAAGUCCCAAAGAAAAGAACAAAGAGAACUUGUCACACUCAGAGAGCAGUUCGGGAUACUGCUCCUCAAAAGAAGCAAAGAGGAAAGAAUUACAGGGUUGAAAGUAGUGCAGAGACUGUGGCCCCAUUACCUAGUGAACAGGAUGAAGAACUCACAAUGGAAGAUCUAAUAAGCAUCGCUGAAGAGUAUGUCAAAGCUGAUAACGAGAUCAACCAUCAACCAUCUGAAAGAGAAGAAGCCACAUCAGUAACCCAAUCUCUGGCAGCUAACUGCUCUAUCAUAGAGUCAGAUGUUUCUUUGAAGGACACUCAAAGCAGCAGGGGAUUAUCCACCCAUCCAACAGAAAGUUUAACUUCUAAUUUAAGCAAGACUGGGUUCAAGGAUCAAGAUGAUUCAAUAAGUAAAAGCAUAAUCACUGAUCUCAGCAGAACAGGGGAUCCUACUCAAGAUAUGUUGGAUUUAUUUUUAGGUCCAUUGCUCAAGAAACCCCAAAAAGAGGAGAGAAAGAUGGAAAUUACUACCGAGGAGUUCUUGGAUUACAAAUUCAGGAAGCAAAAUCAAAGCCAGAGUGUUGAGACGGAAGUAGUCCCUAUGGUGAAGAAGAAGAGCAGCCUUAAGGACAAGAUCUCCAUGUUUCUUGAUUGAAUAGGUUCUCUGUUCUGAUAUGCUGCCAUGCACUAGAAAUGACGCGAAAAUACAUGACAGAAUCUGUCAUUGUGCAUCCUGUCUUUGUUUCACAUCUUAGCCACAGAGCAUAAGUCUCUCCCUUUGGUGAAGAAUAAGUGCAGGAGUACAAGAAGUGAUGCGGAAAACAAGGUCUCCUUGUUUCUUGAUUGAUAACGGUUAUCUGUUCUGGUAUGCUGCCAUGCAUGAAAAAGUGAGGCAGGAGUACAUGACAAUCUCCCAGAGUUCUAGUCAAUUGUGCAGCCAAUCUUUGUUUUGUAUCUUCACCAUAUCUAUUUAUAUUUUUUUUGCCAAUGUAAAUCUCUCCCUAUGUCUUUGUGACCAGACAUGCUUUUCAGCUCAAUGCACACAAAUUAUCUACUUUUUGCAAGGACUUUAGUUAAAGGUAACAUAUAUUGCUUAAAUAGUUUGGAAAUAAGGCAGCAUGAAUGUGAGGGUUCACAUUAUGGUUUGUGUUCAUGAAUUAUCAUUGAAGUUAAUAAAGUUAUUUGUUCUUACCCUUUCA